GCCUCCUUCGCUCAGCCCGCGAGUGCUCUGAGGGAAGCGAGUAGGCGGCGGCCGCGGCGAGCGGCGAGCGGCGGGCGGUGGCGACGUUGAUUUUGAAGGGAAUCCACGAUGACCGGUUCCAACGAGUUCAAGCUGAACCAGCCGCCGGAGGACGGCAUCUCCUCGGUGAAGUUCAGCCCCAACACCUCCCAGUUCCUGCUCGUGUCCUCGUGGGACACGUCCGUGCGCCUCUACGAUGUGCCCGCCAAUUCCAUGCGGCUCAAGUACCAGCACACGGGCGCCGUGCUGGACUGCGCCUUCUACGAUCCAACGCAUGCCUGGAGUGGGGGGUUAGAUCAUCAGUUGAAAAUGCAUGAUUUGAACACUGAUCAAGAAAAUCUUGUUGGAACCCACGAUGCUCCCAUCAGAUGUGUUGAGUACUGUCCAGAAGUGAAUGUGAUGGUUACUGGAAGUUGGGAUCAGACAGUUAAAUUGUGGGAUCCGAGAACUCCGUGUAAUGCUGGGACCUUCUCUCAGCCUGAAAAGGUAUAUACCCUGUCAGUGUCUGGAGACCGGCUGAUCGUGGGGACGGCAGGCCGCAGAGUGUUGGUGUGGGACUUACGGAACAUGGGCUACGUGCAGCAGCGCAGGGAGUCCAGCCUGAAGUACCAGACUCGCUGCAUACGAGCGUUUCCCAACAAACAGGGGUAUGUGUUAAGCUCCAUUGAAGGCCGAGUGGCAGUUGAGUACCUGGACCCAAGUCCUGAGGUGCAGAAGAAGAAGUAUGCCUUCAAGUGCCACAGGCUGAGAGAAAACAACAUUGAGCAGAUUUACCCUGUCAAUGCCAUUUCCUUUCAUAACGUUCACAAUACAUUCGCCACAGGUGGUUCUGAUGGAUUUGUAAAUAUUUGGGAUCCAUUUAACAAAAAGCGACUGUGCCAGUUCCAUCGGUACCCCACCAGCAUCGCAUCACUUGCCUUCAGUAAUGACGGGACUACGCUUGCAAUAGCAUCAUCAUAUAUGUAUGAAAUGGAUGACACGGAGCAUCCUGAAGAUGGUAUCUUCAUUCGCCAGGUGACAGAUGCAGAAACAAAACCCAAGUCACCAUGUACUUGACAAGAUUUCAUUUACAUAAGUGCCAUGUUGAUGAUAAUAAAACAAUUCGUACUC